AGAAUUCACUGUUUAGUGUCACGUGUAUCAAAUUUUGACUCCACGUUUUACUUCAUGAUAUGUACAUAUAAAUUGGGAUCUACUGUUGCUGUCACAUAUUGCCACUGUCGAUUUAUCAAUUGGUUCAUUCACUAGGACAUUCAGGGGCAAAGGUCAUAACUGUUUCAAGUUAAUACUAAAAUGGCCCCACUAGUCGCUGAAAAGCCUGCAGACCAUAGUAAUGUAGCAGAUGGAAUAAGAGCUGUUCUUCUGGGUCCUCCAGGAUCUGGGAAAGGAACAAUGGCCCCAUUAUUGAAAAAAAAGUAUUGUGUUUGUCAUCUUUCAACCGGUGAUAUGUUACGAGCCGAAAUAGAGUCAGGGUCUGUGCUCGGAAAGAGACUUAAGAAAGUUAUGGAUGAAGGAAAACUUGUCAGCGACGAUCUUGUCGUUAAUAUGAUCGACAAGAAUUUGGACAAGCCAGAAUGUCAAAACGGAUUUCUUCUUGAUGGAUUUCCAAGAACGGUCGUACAAGCAGAAAAGCUGGAUGACCUUCUCGAUAAAAGGAACACCGAACUAGAUGCGGUGGUAGAAUUUGGCAUUGACGACAGCCUGUUGUUUCGAAGAAUAACUGGCCGUUUGAUCCACAGCUCUAGUGGCCGAUCUUACCAUGAAGAAUUCAAUCCUCCGAAAAAAACAAUGACUGAUGAUAUAACAGGAGAGCCAUUGACCAGGAGAUCAGAUGAUAAUGUGGAGGCUCUGAAGAAAAGGCUGUUCACUUAUCAUAAUCAAACCAAACCACUUGUUGACUACUAUCAAAUAAGGGGUAUUCAUCAUCGUAUUGAUGCUACAAAAUCUGUAGAUGAGGUAUUCAAAAAUAUUGAUUCCAUUUUUUGGAGACGAGAAAAAAAAAAAUCCGUCUAAAUUGUGAGCAGGUUACAGAUUAUAUUCGAUUUCACCUACUUUAUUGAUUUUACUAUUGUGAAAAAGUCUUCAGGUAUCACAUUAUUAAAUGUAUAUUUUCUAAUACAAAAUUAUUUAUCAACUGAAUUUGUUCAAAAACUGCAAAAUAUUGAGUUAAUCCUUUUUAGAUGAAGAGAAAAAUAACGAGUUUGUAAGCCUAUUUCAGAUUAUGCUUAACUUCAUCUACUUCAUUAUUUGUCCUAUAAUUUCAAUUUCACAUUGUAAGAAAGUCUUGUAGUAUCUAUCCCAUUUUUGAAUGAAUAUUUUAUUGUACAAAAUGGUAUAUUAAUUUUAUUUGAUAAAAAACUCCAAAAAUA